AUGACGGAGACCGCGUCACCGGACACAACGACGACGCUUCCACAUCCGAAUCCAGCCGCCACCGAGACGACGUGCGGCAGCCUGCGCGAUGGGAAGACCGUCGUGAUGCCAGACGAGUCCGAAGCAAUUGCAGCAGCUCCGAAACCAUCUGAGCCGUCCAGCCCUCCGACCAACUGCCAUCUCGACAGGGCCCCAGAAGUCGGAGCUGAUGCCAAGCCGUCCGAAACGAACGGCAUCCAGCCACCGACACCCGAUGAGGACAUGCAUACAGCCAACGGCAGCAGCGGAAGUGCGGACGUGCCGCACGGCGAUGAGCGUCCGGCAAAACGACGACGAACGCGCGAGGUCACGCCGUCGUCAGGCAGCGCCUCGCCUGGAGGCUCACGUCGGACGAAGCCCAUAUCCCCACCAUGGAAGAAGAUCCUGGCCGACGGCCCAUCGUCCUUCAGCGAGGGCGGCCGGCGCAAGUCGGGGCGCAUCAACAGCAUCCCGCUGGAGCUCCAGGCCGGCGACAAGCGCCUCUCCCGACGAGCUGUUCAUGUGCAGCAGCCGAGUCCGCCUUCCGGUCCUCCUUCGGUCAGGAAUGCGACCGUCAACGGCCAUGCAACCCGCCAGACCUCUGCACAACAGGCUGCCACGUCCCUCUCUCCCUCUCCUGGCAUGACACGACGCCAGUCCACGGCCGCCAAGGCAGUGGUCCCGUCGUCUGCAUCCAAGCAAACUCCAGCUAGCAAGCAAAACUCACGUCGAGCUGCUGCGGCAGAAGCCCGUUCCACCCCCUCUCGACUCCGCCAUCGAUCUCCCUCACCGUUCUCCCCCUCCUCGUCUUCGAAUGCCCGUCCGUCCAGCGCGGCUGCCACUCGCACACAGCCUUCACGUGCCAGCCAGAACAAACGGCCACAGAGGGCCGCCUCCUCCCGCCGCAAUGAGAUACCCACGAGAACGACGCCCCGCAUACGAUUACGAACGCGAACGCUCACCAUCCCCGUGGUGCACCCCGACCAGACCAAGAUGCGGCCGAAGCUGGCAGCUUCCUUGCUCGAGUACUUUGAGAAGGCUGUGGACAUUCCCGUCGAGGAGGGCGGCCUGUUUGCAUCGGAGGACGAGCCGCGCAUGACCGACGAGAUGGCGGCUAGCGAAGCAGCCAUCAUUGCACGAAUUGAACAGGAAACAGAAGAGGGCGGGAUCUUGACGGAGCCGCGAUGUAGCGCCUUUGAGCCAGAACCGGCCGAGGAGCCCCCGAGGCAGUGGGCGCACAUGGACCAUCUCGUCAAGGCAAUGGCCAAUUUCCGACGACUGAUGGGCAUCGAGCAGACGCGACACCGGGCCACGGCCAAGAAGCUGGCAGAGGCCUGUCGAGAUGCGUGGAUACGGCGGCAGCCAAAGUCCGCAGAACAGCUCGAGGCCGAGGCCCGGGCCAUGUGGAUUGGACGGUACCGUCUGGUCAUGCGUGCCAUGUUCGGUACCUGGGAGAAUGUUCGGGCGGAGAUCAACCGGAAGCGGGUGGAAGAGUGGGAGGCCGAAGAGCAGAGGCGGGUCAAGGUGGCUCUCCAAGAAGCUGUCGCCAUGUCGGAGCUCAAGCUACAAGCACGACGGGUGCAGCAAGACUCGGAGGCCUUGUCCGGCGGCGAGGGCAUAGAGGAUGACCGGGACAACUCGCUAACCGAAUCAGAUGUGGACGAGUCAGAGUCGGACGGAAGCGCCGAUGAGGACGAGAGCAACAUGUCUUCUUCGGGCGACGAUGACGGCGAGGAGGAAAAGGGAGCGAAUACAAAGGCCAACGACGACGAAGGGCUCACGCAAGAGCAGCUUCAACUGAAAUACGCGAACCUCCCUGAUCUCGAGCCUGCGAAACAAGACGGCGACGACACCAGCGACGAGUCUGUGGACAUGGACGACGACUUGGGCUCGACAGACAUGGACAGCGACGACGACGACGAUGAUGCUGAUGGUUCCGACGGCGACGACGAAACGUCUGACGACGAAGAUGAACAAACAAGCGGCCUUCUCGGCAUGCUCUUCGGCAAGAGUGAGCUGAAAAAGCUGAAGUCGGAUGUGGCUGUCAAGCAAGAGAAGGGCGAGGACGGGGCCGGCGACGUUGAUACGAAAAUGACGGAUGCAGAUGCUGGGUUGUCUGUCCUGGAGCUGUUUGCGGACGACAACGACGAAGUGUCCAUGAUCGAGCUUCCGGGCGACAUCGACGACAAGCAGAUGGUGCCGGACGUGGAGGUGACAGCUGCAGAGGUGGAGGACGACACGGUCGAGGACAAGACUGAGGACAAUGUCCCGGAAAGCAAGGCCGACGACGACAAAGGUGUUGCCAGCCCAGAGACCGAUGCUGUGACGAUGGCCGUUAGUCCGGGCCGAAGUCAGUCGCCACGCACGUCCGAUACGAAGCCAUCAGAUGUCGACACACCUACGUCGGUGGACCUGCUCGGCGUCCCGAAAGAGACGAGCGCGAGCCGGUCAGUGUCACCAGUGCCGACAUCGUCGUCUGUGCCCAAGACGGAAAUACCGUUCUUGCUGCGCGGAACGCUGCGCGAGUACCAACACUACGGCCUGGACUGGUUGGCAGGGCUGUACGCCAACAAUACGAACGGGAUCCUGGCGGACGAGAUGGGCCUCGGCAAGACAAUCCAGACAAUCGCGCUGCUAGCACACCUGGCAUGCCAGCAUGAGGUGUGGGGGCCGCAUCUGGUGAUCGUGCCGACAAGCGUGAUACUCAACUGGGAGAUGGAGUUCAAGAAGUGGUGUCCGGCCUUCAAGAUCCUGACAUACUACGGAUCGCAGGACGAACGGAAGCGCAAGCGAACAGGCUGGACCAACGACGACGUGUGGAACGUGUGCAUCACAUCGUACCAAAUCGUGGUGCAGGACCAGCAGGUGUUCAAGCGGCGGCGAUGGCACUACAUGAUCCUGGACGAGGCUCACAACAUCAAGAACUUCAAGUCGCAGCGAUGGCAGUCGCUGCUGGGGUUCAACACACACUCGCGGCUGCUGCUGACGGGCACACCGCUGCAGAACAACCUGACGGAGCUCUGGUCGCUGCUCUUCUUCCUGAUGCCACCAGAGAACGGCGAGGGCGGGUUUGCAGACCUGCACGAGUUCCACGACUGGUUCCACAAGCCAGAGUCGCAGAUCCUAGAGAGCGGUCGCGAGCAGAUGGACGACGAGGCGCGGGCAAUCAUCGCGAAGCUGCACAAGGUGUUGCGACCCUACCUGCUGCGACGGCUAAAGGCGGACGUGGAGAAGCAGAUGCCAGCCAAGUACGAACACGUGGAGCUGUGCCGGCUGUCGAAGCGGCAGCGCGAGCUGUACGACGGAUUCCUGGCACGCAGCGAUACGCGAACAACGCUGUCGUCGGGCAACUACCUAUCGAUCAUCAACUGCCUGAUGCAGUUGCGCAAGGUGUGCAACCACCCGGACCUAUUUGUGGACCGGCCGAUCAUGACGUCGUUCCGGAUGCAGCGGUCAGUGGCGGCCGAGUACGAGACGACGACGGCACAGGUGGUGCGGCAGCGGCUGCGGCUGUCGAAGUCGGGAUCGGGAUCAGGAAUGUGGGCAGACGGGGGGGUGAGCCUGCGUUUCCUCAACCUGGUGCCUGUGGAGCAAGAGUGGCGACUAUCGGCGAUGACGGCAGCGCGGAUCAGCCAGCUGGCAACGAACCGGGUGCUGUCGGAGCUGAAGGAGGCACAGCGAGCACGACUGCCACAGCCAUAUCCAGAGCUGGACGCGAGCACGGUACAGUCGAACCUGGCGAGCCUGGAGAACGCGGUGCGAUGGCGCCGAUUCGAGGAGCUGCAGCACUGCGCAUACGUGAACGCGCUGCGACGACAGCAGCGGCCGAUCUACGGCCAAGGUCUGAUCGAUAUGCUGACGCUGCGACUGGAGACGCGGCCGUUCCGGGCACGACCACGGGUGCCGGCGAAGAUCAUGACCUGGUUCGAGAACGAGUCAUAUCUGCUGCACAACCUAGUGCAGCCGCUGGGACGACGGUCAGAGGCGCUGGAGAUGACGAUUAGCAAGUUUGCGUGCGUGACGCCGGCAGUGGUGACGCGCGACAUGAACGAAGUAGUGUUGGGACGAGCGGGCGUGCAGGCGUUUGCAGCAUGCGACCUUCGGCUGUCGGCACCGAUAAAGACGCUGCCGUUUAUGGAGCGGCAGGCACCACGAGACCCAUGGCACGAGGCGCGGAUGCGGCUGACGAUCCAGUUCCCAGACAAGCGGCUGCUACAGUACGACUGCGGCAAGCUGCAGGCUCUGGAUCGACUGCUGCGACGACUGCAGGCCGGCGGCCACCGGGCGCUCAUCUUCACGCAGAUGACCAAGGUGCUCGACAUUCUAGAGCAGUUCCUCAACAUCCACGGACACAAGUACCUGCGGCUGGACGGUGCGACCAAGAUCGAGCAGCGGCAGAUCCUGACAGAUCGCUUCAACCACGACAGCCGGAUUCUCUGCUUUAUCCUGUCGACGCGGUCGGGCGGCCUGGGGAUCAAUCUGACGGGGGCCGACACGGUCAUCUUUUACGAUCAGGACUGGAACCCGGCCAUGGACAAGCAGUGCCAGGACCGGUGUCACCGCAUCGGACAGACGCGCGACGUGCACAUCUACCGGCUCGUCAGCGAGCACACGAUCGAGGCCAACAUCCUGCGCAAGGCGUCGCAGAAGCAGAUGCUGGACGAUGUCGUCAUCCAGGAGGGCGGCUUCACGACAGACUACUUCAACAAGAUCACCGUGCAGGACGUGUUGGGCGAGGGCGACGAAAAGGACAAGAAGAUGGCCGACGUCGGUGCCGGCAAUGCGGCUGCCAAUGCGGCCAUGGACCGGCUUCUGGGCGGCGUCGAGACGGCCGAUCGGCUGACGGCCGGACGAGUGCUCGAGCAGGCCGAAGACACGGAAGACGUGGCGGCAGCACGGUUGGCCGAACGAGAGAUUCUGCAGGACGACGCGGACUUUUCGGAGAAGCCAGGAGGGGCCGUAGGAGGAUCCGUUGCUGCUGCUACGGCUGCUGCUACCGCUACCGGUGGAUCCACGCCGGCUGUGGCGAGUGUCGUGAGUGUGGCGAGCAUACAGGGCACACCACGAGAAGAGGCCGGUGCUCCGGGCGAGCAGAACGCGUUGGGCCAGCAGAUGCACAGCAUUGACGACUACAUGCUGGGCUGGAUGGCCGAGCAGCUGCAGGGAACGGCGCUGGACCUGCCCAAAGACAGGAAGAAGGGCAGGAAGAAAAAGGGCAAGGACACACGCAAGCGGUGA